AUGGAUGCUGAUAUGAUUAAGGAGCCGCUUCGUCUGGUUCUGCUCGGCCUUCAGGGAGUCGGCAAGAGUGCAGUCGGAAACACCAUUCUGAACAAAGAGGAAUUCCACUCAGACAUCAGUGCCGCUUCCCUCACAUUAACAAGUGAACAGAAGGAUGCUGUUGUCUUUGGGAGGAGAGUGACUGUUGUGGACACUCCUGGCAUUUUAAACUGUGAUGAGCCUAAUGCUCAUGUGAAGCAAGAAGUGCUAAGAGCCUUGAAUCUGUGUGAUCCUGGACCCCACGCUAUUCUCCUGGUUAUUCAGCUGGGCCGCUUCACUGAGCAGGAAAGACGAGUGAUGGACACUCUGCAGAAGAUCUUGUGCUCAAAUCAGCGACAUCCAUAUGAGGAGCUCAGGAUUGUUCUCUUGGGGAAGACUGGAGUUGGGAAAAGUGCAGCUGGAAACACCAUUCUAGGCGCAGAAUAUUUCAAAGAGGAUUUUUCAUCUUUAUCCAUGACGAAAGUUUGCUGGAAGGCUACAAAGAACAUUAACAGCACAAAGGUCGCUGUUAUUGACACACCAGGUUUGUUUGACCCCAGCUUUACUAUAGAGGAGAUAGUCAGCAGGAUUAAGCUCUCCAUCCCUCUUUCUGCUCCUGGUCCACACGUCUUCCUUCUGGUGCUUCGGCCUGGCCGAUUCACAAAAGAAGACAAAGACACGGUGGACAUCUUUCUCAAGAUCUUUGGAGAAGAUGCAGGUAAACAUUUCAUGAUUUUGUUUACACAUGGAGACGAGUUGAAGGGGAAAACUAUUGAAGAGUUUAUCACUGGAAAUCCUGAUUUGAAGAUGCUCUUUGAGAAAUGCCAGGAGCAAUACCAUGUUUUCAAUAAUGAAGCCAAGGAUGCCCUGCAGGUUGAUCAACUUUUUGAGAAAAUGCAAAAGGUAAUUUCUGGAAAUGGAGGACACUUUUACACCAAUGAAAUGCUUGAGAAGGCAGAGAAUGCCAUUGAGGAAGAGAAAAGGCGAAUCUUGCUAGAAAAUGAAGAGCAGAGGAGCCGGGAACUGGAGAUGCUGAAAACCAGCUUUGAAGCAGAGGCUCUGAAACAGGCCAUGACAGAGCUGUGGGAAAGACACGAGAGAGAGGCCAGAGAAAAGGCUGAGAGAAACAACAGAUAUCUUCAAAUAAUUGCAGAGUUUCUGGCUGCUGCUCUUGAAAAGUUCAUUAUGAGGAAACUUGGGCAUAAUCAAUAAGUGGUCUACAGCUGUUAGAUCAGGGGUGUCAAACUCAAUUCCUGGAGGGCCAAAGCCCUGCAC